AUGAGCCAGGUGGCCACCAAACCCGACAGCAUUGGGGAGCUGCCGCCCUUCGACUACAAGCCUGCGCCCUAUGUCGGUCCCAGCAAGGAGGAGGUCCUCGCCCUGCGCAAGGAGCACCUUAGCCCUGCCAUGCUGUACCACUUCAAGAACCCAGUCAUGAUCACCCACGGCAAGAUGCAGUACCUCUUUGACGAGCGGGGCCGCCGCUACCUCGAUGCCUUUGCCGGCAUCGUCACUGUCUCGGUGGGACACUGCCACCCCGAGGUUAACAAGGCGGUGAUCGAGCAGACGGAGCGCCUGCAGCACACCACCGUGAUCUACCUGAACAACCAGAUCGCCGAGUAUGCCAAGGAACUGACCGACCGCAUGCCAGGCAACCUGAAGGCGCGCAGGGGAGGAAAGGGAGGGAGGGACCUGGGACGGUUUCUGGUGGCCUACUUUGUGAACUCGGGGUCAGAGGCAAAUGACAUGGCCAUCAUGAUGGCCCGGCUGUACACCGGGCAGUACGACAUGAUCGCGCUGCGCAAUGGGUACCACGGCUUGACGGGAGCCACCAUGGGACUCAUGGGGCUUCACACCUGGAAGGCCAACAUCCCGCACGGAUUCGGCGUGCACCACGCACUCAACCCCGACCCCUACCGUGGCGUUUUUGGCAAUGACGGCCCCGCCUACGCCAGGGAUGUGACGGACAUUAUCCAGAGCUCGACCCCGGGUCGCGUGGCCGGGUUCAUCUCCGAGACCAUCCAGGGGGUUGGUGGCGCUGUGCCGCUGGCUGACGGGUACCUCCCCGAGGUCUACAAGACCGUGCGCGAGGCCGGCGGCAUCUGCAUCGCCGAUGAAGUCCAGACCGGCUUUGGGCGAACCGGCUCCAACUACUGGGGUUUCCAGAACGCUGGGGUGACCCCCGACAUCGUGACUAUGGCCAAGGGCAUCGGCAACGGGCUGCCGCUGGGCGCGGUAGUCACGACUCCGGAGAUCGCCGCCACCCUGGCCCAGCGCCUGCACUUCAACACAUACGGCGGCAACCCCGUCUGCUCUGCUGGCGGCCGCGCGGUGCUGCGUGUAAUCGACCAGGAGGGCAUCCAGGCCAAGGCCGCCGACGUGGGAGGCCACCUGCUGAAGGGCCUGCGUGGCCUGGCCGCCAAGCAUGACGUGAUCGGCGACGUGAGGGGCCUGGGCCUGAUGACCGGCAUGGAGCUGGUCAAGGACCGCGCCACCAAGGAGCCCGCCAAGGAGGAGACUGCCUACGUAUUUGAGCGCUGCAAGGACCUGGGCGUGCUGCUUGGAAAGGGUGGCCUGCACGGCAACGUCUUCCGUAUCAAGCCUCCCAUGUGCAUCACCAAGCCCGAUGUCGACUUUCUGGUGGCCGCCCUGGACCAGGCGCUGUCCGAGCUGUGA